AUGCCAGAACAAUUAAUAAACCAUUUAGAAGAAGAAGAUUUAAAAAACAGAGAUCCAGAACAACAACGUCUGAUGAGUGAGACAUGCAUUUUAGUUGACGAAAAUGAUAAAAUGAUUGGGUUUGCAUCAAAAAAACAAUGUCAUUUAUUAAAAAACAUACAAGAAGGAAUGCUUCAUAGGGCGUUUUCAGUAUUUUUGUUCGAUCAGAAAGGAGAUUUGUUACUUCAAAAACGAGCAUAUGAAAAAAUUACAUUUCCUGGAUUAUGGACAAAUACAUGUUGCUCACAUCCUCUGCAAGUCAUAGGUGAAUAUGGUGAGAACAUGGAGAAAUCAGUUGAGGGUGUAAAACGUGCGGCACAACGGAAACUUUAUCAUGAGUUGGGGAUUGUUUCAAGUCAAGUACCACUAGAAAAAUUCCACUAUUUAACACGAGUGCAAUAUAAAGCAGAAAGCGAUAAAAUAUGGGGAGAAAAUGAGAUUGAUUAUAUUUUGUUUAUUCAGGCAGAUGUUGAUCUAAAACUUAAUCCAAAUGAAGUAGAAACAGCACGCUAUGUUAGUCAGGAUGACCUUCGUAAAAUGUUAAAAUGCAAAGAUUUUAGUUUUACACCAUGGUUUGAACUCAUUUGCCGUUCAUUCAUGUUUUUUUGGUGGGAUAGCCUUCAUAAUCUUAAUGCUGUAAAAAAUCACCAAUUUUCUAUUAUUCGAAUGUGA